AUGAAAUCUGCUUUUGCCCAACUGGUACGACUGUGGUUCUUCAUUUUCUCUGCAACUGGUCGCGCUAUGAAAGCCAUUGCGUCUAUCUUCGGCAUUGGAGAAGCUGGUUCUUCCCGGAACCAGAAACCAAUGCAAAUGCCUGAAGCAGUGGAAGGGUGUGACUAUGAAGUGUUCUUGAGCUUCAGUGGACCGGAUACGCGCACGGGCAUCACCGAUCAUCUUUAUUGUCGUCUCAAAGACGCAGGAGUCCGCACAUACCUUGACAACAAAGAGCUUCGCAUCGGUGAAGAGAUCGGCCCAGAGCUUCUUGGAGCAAUUGAGCAAUCGAAGAUCUCCAUACCCAUCUUCUCUGAAGGAUAUGCUUCCAGCAAAUGGUGUCUUAAUGAGCUAGCUCAUAUGGUGGGCUGUAGGAGGAAGGGACAAAUAAUCACGCCUCUUUUCUACCAUGUCAAACCAUCCGAGGUUCGAUAUCUAACCAGUGGUUAUGGUGAGGCCUUGCUUGCGCACAAAGACAAGAAGCGGGUGGACAAUGCGACCAUCCGGAAGUGGAGAGCUGCUCUCAAAGAGAUUAACGCAAUACAUAAGUUGCACUUGCAGUUGCUCUUCUUCUUGCCUCCUGUGGUUUCCACAGCGCACGAAGGACAACUGGUUAAACAUAUCGUUACCAAGGUUUUAAGUGAGCUGAAAAAGGCUUAUUUGGUGGUUACUGACUCCUUGGUUGGAGUUGACCACAGUGUGAAGGAAAUUCUAGGGAUGAUAGGCACCAACAUGGAUGAUGUAAAAAUCGUGGGAAUUCACGGCAUGGGUGGCAUCGGAAAAACGACUCUUGCCAAAGUAGUCUACAACAAGCUUUCCCGGGACUUUGCUCAUUGCUGUUACCUUGACGAUGUUAGAGACACUUCAAACUUGAAAGGAAUUGUACAUUUGCAGAACCGUCUAAUUUCAAACCUUUCGGGACAGGCACAUCCACCUGUCGAUUGCGUCGACGAGGGAAUAAGGAUGAUAGAAGAGAGAUUUUCCAGUUUGGAAGCUCUUAUUCUUCUUGAUGAUGUUGACGAAAACAGUCAAUUAAGUGCACUCUUGGGGAGGUGUUGUUGCUUUGGUCCAGGAACCUUGAUACUUAUAACCACAAGAAAUGAAAUUGUUCUUCGUAAAUUUGAUGUAAAAUUGAUUUAUCCAGUUGGUGAGAUGGAUUUGAAGAGAUCGCUUCAGCUAUUCAGCAAGCAUGCUUUCAGAAGAGAUCACCCCCCACUAGAAAAAUUAGAGCAGUCUAGAGAAAUUGUGAAGAUAGCCCAAGGUCUUCCAUUGGUUCUUGAGGUGAUGGGUUCAGCUUUAUCAUUAUGUGCACAAAGAGAAGAUAUAUGGAAUGAGUACCUGGAGAAGUGGAAAAAGGGUCGUAUUGAAGCAAUUCAAAGUAAAUUGAUGAUAAGCUACGAAGCAUUGGAUCCUUGCCAAAAGCAAAUAUUUCUUGAUAUAGCUUAUCUUUUCAUCGGAUAUGAUAAGAAUACUGCUAUGUACCUCUGGGAAGAUUGUGAAUUAUUCCCAGCACACGGUCUUGAAGUUCUUCAAAUGAUGUCAUUAAUUAAAAUUGAAAAAGACAAUAAGCUUUGGAUGCAUGAUCAUCUCAAGGAUCUUGGUAGGGAAAUCGCCCAGAACAGCAGAUUGUGGAACUACAAGGAGGCACUAGAUGUAAUACAGAGAAAGAAGGGAAAUGAAAAGGUCGAAGCCCUCUGUCUGGAGUUUGGGGAUUGUCGGGAGUACCGUCUCCCUCUUGAAGGAUUCACAACGCUACCAAAUCUAAGGUUCCUUCGAGUGGACAGCGAAUCCUUCAAUUACGACUGGAGAGCAUGUAAAUUGAAAGUUCUUAAUCUUUCAAGUUGCACCCGCUUGACGAAGACUCCUGAUCUGUCUGAAUUACCCACACUAGAGAGAUUGAUUCUUGAUGAAUGUCAAGAAUUGGCUGAAAUUGACUCGUCAAUCGGUGAAUUGAAGAACUUGGUUUUCUUGAGCUUAAUAGGUUGCCAGGAACUCCGGCAUCUGCCUGAAGAGCUAGGCGGCUUGCCAAGUCUAACAGUACUUCUCCUUGAUAGAACUUGUAUCAGAGAAAUAUCGGGUACAAUCAACCUUCCAACUUCUUUGUCGAAGCUUUCUUUAGCGAUGACAUCCAUAAGGCACUUGCCCGACUCCAUUGGCGCGUUGACAAGUCUCAACCACUUGUCUUUGUCACGAUGCUCUUGGAUAAAUAGACUUCCACGCUCCAUUGGACAACUACACUCGUUGACUGAGCUCGAUCUAUCCUAUUCAACUAUCUCCGGGUUGCCCGAUUCUAUGGAAAGUCUGGAGAACCUACAAGUGCUGAGAAUAUUUCCAACCAAUGAUUCAAUAAGAAUAUCUGCCGUGCCCAAACUUCCAGUAAGCUUGACUUCUCUGGCAAUCUCGUUGAAAUCCCUGGUAGCUAUUCCUGAUCUUUCGAACCUGAUCAACUUAAAACAGCUGGUGUUGUUAAUGGAAGGGCCAUGUGAGUUGGAGCAGGUUCCCUUGCCUUGGCGGCUUGGGAGGUUAUCCAAAUUGCAACUCUUGGCAUUAUCGAUCCCACACAUGACCAACCUGUCUCGUGAGCUAGGUGCCCUUUCUCACUUGAAGUUCCUUUACCUCCAAGAUUGCAGAAGUCUCCAAUGCAUUCCACAAAUCUCCUCGACUGUCUCCAAGCUUCAUAUCUUGGGUUGCUGGUCACUGACCGCACUUGAUAUUUCGAAUUUGAAGAACCUAUCUGAGCUUUAUAUUGUAGGUACACCGGUAGAGGAUCUUUCCGGGCGUGAACAGCUAGACAAUCUGCUAGAGUGCAAGAUAGAAAAGAAUGACAAUUAUUCCGUUCAGUAUACACUGCGGCGGAAUUUGAUUGAAAUGGUAUUUCAUGAAGAAUUUGCUUAA